AUGGACGUUGAUUUCCUGAUUGCGAAAGGUAGAAAGCGCGCAGCAGAAGAAAUACCGCCAGUCGAAAGCGUUCAUAGAGCAAACGACGUACCGCGCAUCCUCCGUCGCCAUCACCAUCGUCGCCGCAAUGUAGCGGCCACGGUCUGGGGUCCAGAUGUUCUCCUCACGCCCACCACACCACUACCAGUAGGCAACGGACCCUCCACUGCGCCUUCAUCUUCAUACACCCCAGCAAUCUCACAGGCGCAAGUCCCCUUUAACAUCUACAAAGCGCUUCUCCGCCACCCGAACCUCUUCUUCCAGUUCGCGCUCCGCCUCCCGUAUCCACUGAUCAUAUCGCUCUACGCCAUCGACAAGGAGUUUCACUACCGCUUGAACAAAUACAGUGUUUCGCUUAUCCACGAUUACGCAAAGUACCAUGCCCCGCUCGCGUCACAUAUCUUCACGUGGAUGCUGUACCCCGACCUGUGCAUCAGCGACCCCAUGCUGCGACCCAUGGACGGGCGCGAGUGGCUAGCUCGAGACGUACCCGGGUUCCGAUGGAUUGGCAUGGCGCUAUGGCGGGAGCGCGUCGUGCGCGGGAUACUGACAAGAAUGAUUGUUGGGGGCGGAGUAGGCAACAUGCCCGCGGGCGUCGAGGCCGCGGUCAUGAAAUACUGGUGUUUGAUGGAGACCAAGACGACGGCGCUGCGUCUCGCUUUCCUCCAGGACACGUCUAUAUGGACGGACGAGGAUAUUGUGCUCUUUCAACUUUUCCUCGUCAAGCUCGAUAUGUUCAUUGCGGACCCGGUUCUGGGUAAUGGGGUUUGUCUGCUGUCACAUAUGCUGUUAACGCAGAAAUCGCUAUCCAUGCUACAUAGAGUUUUGACUGGUAAACUCAGACUGGACUAUGAUCAGACUACGGAUAUCCUUGUGCGCACUUACCUCACCGAAGAUCUGGAUACAGACACACACCCCUGGCUUGACGACGAGCUGGACAACGGUGUACCUGAGGAGGAGUGGGGCUUGAUGUGCAAAGAGGGUUGGGAUGUCGAUGGCAAGAGGAUGGAGAGCGGGGUGGAUAUGGUCAUCACAGAGGGGAUAAGGAGGGAAUUGCAUGUCCAGCAGCAUUACCUGGAUUUUGUGAUGUUUGGAUUUGUGGACUCGGCGACGGGGAAGAAUUUGCCGCAGCCGAGACGGUGGAGAGGUGAUAAGGGGAUAGUGGUGCCGGAGGAAGGAUGGCCGACUGAGGAGUUUAGGAUAUCGAUCUUGGAGGGGUUGGACGAGCGGUUUGGCGUAUUGAGUAUGAGUAGGUAG